AUGAGAUUCACUGCUAUCUUUGCCUUUCUCGCCUUUGGCAGCUGCUUAGGCAUGACGGCAGUACUCAACUCAUCUAAGAUUGCACUUGGAAUUGAAUCUACCAUGGUGCAUUCGGGUCUCGAGAAACGAGAUGCCUUUACUUGUUACGGCUCUACCAACACCUCGGUCUCGGACUGCCAGAAGAUCAUUGACACUAUUCGAAUCGAUGAGCAGCAGGAGUUCGCACUCUACUCGGGUGUUUGCGCUGUCUGGAACCAAGGAUCAUGCAGAGUCCGCUUCUGCGCCCAGCCCUACGUCAACAGACCCGUCAAUAGAUCUGCAACCUGGCUGACGACCUACAUAGCCAGCCCGCUGCUAGACGGCUGCAUCGGCAAAGGAAACCUAGGAGUCAUGGCGGACCAUACUAACAUUAACAGCCACUAUGGCACGUACCGACUAUGGGUGGAUUAA